GCCUCUGGCAAUCUGGUGAUCCAACAUCAAAAUAUCAUCUCAGGAAGCUUGGGCAUUUGCAAAACGGGCUCCUUUAGCUUGUUAUGGUGUUGAGUUUUGUUCGUCGACAUUAAGCAGUUUAGUGCUGCAAAGAUUAGAUGCAUAUGGAUCCUUUGGAGAUAAGGCUGGAAAUACCCUCCCUUCAGUCUGCUAUGUCUUCACAGGCUUCCUCAUGGGGUCGAGAAGAUACUUGAGGAUCCAAUAUCAAAAUGUCAUCUCAGAAAGCUAGGGCCAUUCUUCAUUGGCUCUCAGCUCGCUAUGGUGACAACAGUCCUUUACCCUGUCACCAUGCAAGGAAAAAACAUUGUACUGAAGUGAAGUGCUGAACUUGGUCUAGUGCUGUAAGCAUUAGGUGGGUAUAUGGAUUCUUUGGAGAUAAGGGUGGACUAUCCUCCCUUCAUCCUGCCAUGUCUUCACAGGCUUCCUUAUGGGAGCUUUAAGGAGAUGAUUGAGGAUCCAAUAUUAAACUGUCGUCUCAGAAAGCUAGGGCCAUUCUUCUUUGGUUCUCAGCUCGCUAUGGUGCCAAUAGUCCUGAGACUCUUCAUUUGCCCACUCGAAGACUGCCCCUUCAGCUAUAAAAGGAAAGAUCACUUGAAUAGACACAUGCUUAAGCAUCAGGGUAAGUUGUUUGGUUGCACUGUGGACGGUUGUGAUAGGAGAUUCAGUAUCAAGGCAAAUAUGCAACGGCAUGUUAAGGAAUUUCAUGAGGAUGAAAAUGUCACUAAGAGCAACCAGCAGUUUAUCUGCAAGGAGGAGGGCUGUAACAAGGCUUUCAAGUAUUUCUCAAAGUUGAAGAAACACGAGGAGUCACAUGUUAAAUUGAACUAUAUUGAGGUAGUGUGCUGUGAACCGGGCUGCAUGAAGAUGUUCACAAAUGUUGACUGCCUGAGGGCUCAUAACCAAUCUUGCCAUCAGCAUGUUCAGUGUGAGAUGUGUGGGGAAAAGCACCUGAAGAAGAACAUCAAGCGCCACCUACAAGCCCAUGACGAGGUGCCCUCCGGUGAAAGGAUCAAAUGCACCUUUGAUGGUUGUGAUCACUCCUUUUCCAAUAAAUCAAAUCUGACUAAGCAUAUGAAGGCAUGCCAUGACCAACUGAAACCUUUCACAUGCCGAGUUGCUGGGUGCGGCAAGGCGUUCACCUACAAGCACGUCAGGGACAACCAUGAGAAAUCCAGCGCACAUGUAUACGUUGAGGGAGACUUUGAGGAGAUGGAUGAGCAGCUGCGCUCGCGGCCGAGAGGUGGACGGAAGAGGAAAGCACUGACUGUGGAGACAUUGACACGCAAGAGGGUGACCAUUCUUGGCGAGGCAUCGUCAUUGGACGACGGGGAGGAGUAUCUACGCUGGUUGCUAUCGAGUGGUGAUGAUUCAGCUCAGUAGCCACGCGGCGUCUUUUGCUAUGCUGGGAAGGUGUCACGCUGUUCUGUACAUGGAUAUAUUUUGGGGUAUGUAAGUUGGUGUAGUUAGGUGUGUUUUUGUGUAUAAUGCAGCUGAUCUAAUAUUAGUAGUUUAGUACAGUAGCGCUUGAGCUUUUGUAGGGAACUUGUUAUCUCUGUUGUAGUUUGUGGCCAGUCAAUUUAACGUCCUCACCCUACUAGUGUAUCUUGACCAUUGCACUUUUAAAUGGAAUGUCUGAUCUGAGCUAUGUUUGUUGGAA